AAGCGAGACACGCGCCCGCGAAAGAGAACAGCCGAAGGACCUCCGAGCCGGGCAGCAGUCCUGGCCAGGCCCCGCCCACUUCCCUCAGGAGCGCCGCUGCCCCCCCUCGCCGCCGCCUCAGCGCGCCCGCCCUUCGCUCCCUGGCGGUGGAGGCGGCGCGGCGCCCCUGGACCGGCUGACGGCGAGGGCGACGCCCCCCCCCCAACUGCCCGGCGAUGUUCUCUCGGAGGGGCCACGCCGAUGUCAAGAAGUCCACCCAGAAAGCGCUGGACCCGCGGAAGGACGUCCUGACGCGCCUCAAGCACCUCAGGGCGCUGAUGGAUGCUAUAGAGGGAAGUGAACUUAAACAGUUUUUUGAGAUUAACUAUUCUCAGAUUUAUUUUAUCUUCUAUGAAAAUUUCAUAACACUGGAAACUAGCUUGAAACAAAAAGGGAAUAAGUCACAAAGGGAGGAGCUGGACUCCAUUCUCUUUCUUUUUGAAAAAAUAUUACAACUACUUCCAGAAAGAAUUUUCUAUCGGUGGCAUUUCCACAGCAUAGGUUCAGUUUUGAAGAAACUUUUGCACACUGGAAACUGUCUUAAGAUAAGAUGUGAAGGAAUCAGACUGUUUCUUCUCUGGUUACAAGCUCUCCAGACAAAUUGUGCAGAAGAGCAACUGUUAAUCUUUGCUUGCCUCGUUCCUGGUUUUCCUGCAGUGAUGUCUUCUCGAGGUCCAUGCACACUCGAUACUCUCAUUAGCCCUCCUCCCAGUCACACUGAUGCAAAGAUUUAUCCUGAAGAAAUAACUCCACUUUUACCACAUGUUUCUGGAGAAAAAACGGCUGAGGACCCAACAUGCUAUUUCCUUCAGCUACUGUUAAAAUAUAUGGUAAUCCAGGCUGCGAGCUUGGAAUGGAAGAAUCAAGAGAACUGUGAUACUGGAUUUAAGUUUCUCUUUGCAUUGUUCAGAAAGUAUUACCUUCCUCACUUAUUUCCCUCUUUUACAAAACUAACCAACGUAUACAAACCUGUGCUUGACAUUCCUGGCCUGCGACCCAAACCAGCGUAUGUUAGUGUAGCUUGUAAUAAUGAAAACAUUUAUAGCACAAAAAUACCAUACAUGACAGCUCGUGUAGCCUUUAUUAAAUGGCUUGUAAACUUUUUUCUGGAAAAGAAGUACUUCACACCAACACAGAAUUCUAAAAAUGGAGGGGACGUUUUGCCCAGAAUCAUUCAAAGUGUGGGCGGUGCAAUUCAAGAUAAAAAUUCUGAAGUGGAGAACAGUGUUGUAUUGGAUCAGGAGAAAAGUCAUUCAACUAAUGGCACGUUGACUGAGAGGAGGCUCAGUGAUUCCAGCUUUUGCAGUAUUGAAGAACAACACCGGGUCGUCUAUGAGAUGGUGCAACAGAUCCUUUUGUCUACACGAGGUUAUGUCAAUUUUGUCAAUGAAGUAUUUCGUCAGGCUUUUUUAUUGCCUUCAUCUGAGAUAUCGUCAACAGAAAAAGUAGUGAAGGUAUAUAGGAAGUGGAUACUCCAAGAGAAGCCUGUGUUCAUGGAAGAACCGGAUGUGAAGGAAACGGUUCAUGAUGAUGACGUCUUAGAUCAUCCAACAGCAGAAACAGAAGGCAAACAUCUUGCAACUGGCCAUUCUGGACAUAAAAGGUCAUCUAGUUGGGGAAGAUCACAUUCCUUCUCUAAUGCGGUUAAUAGAGGGUGUAUAUUAGAAGAUGAAAACAAGAAUGUCAAAGCAGGGCUUCAAGCUACACUACAGGUAUUCUUGACAAACUCUGCAAAUGUGUUUUUAUUGGAACCAUGUACUGAAAUACCUCCACUCCUGAAGGAGCAAGUUGAUGCAUGCAGAGCAGUUUUGAGUAUAUUUAGGCGCAUGAUUAUGGAUCUUCCAAUGAAUAAAAAGACAUGGGAGCAAAUGCUACAGAUACUACUUAAGAUAACAGAAGUUGUCAUGAAUAGAUCAAAAGAGAACCAAGUAAAGGAUACAUUUGCUCAAAGUUUAGCAGGAUUAUUGUUUCGGACACUCAUUGUGGCCUGGGUUCGUGCUAAUCUGAGUGUUUAUAUCUCUCGAGAGCUCUGGGAUGAGUUACUGCGUGUGCUGUCAUCCCUUACAGAUUGGGAAGAACUAAUAACUGAAUGGACUAACAUAAUGGAUUCUCUUACAUCUGUUUUGGCAAGGACAGUGUAUGGUGUUGAAAUGACCAAUCUGCCACUGGAUAAGCUAAGUGAGCAAAAAGAGAAAAUACAACGAGGAAAAGGUGGCAAUUUGGAACCUCAGAAGGGAACUACAGUUGGAAGAUCAUUUUCUUUAAGCUGGAGAAAUCAUCCUGAAGUUGUGGAACCAAUGAGGUUUAGGAGUGCUACCACCUCAGGAGUACCAGGAGUUGAGAAAGCAAGGAAUGUAGUGCGUCAGAGAGCAACAGCCAAGCGAAGUCAGUCCAUCAGCAACUGCGCUCAUCUCUGUGAGGCUUUGCCAGGCACGAAAAGCGUACCUCUACUCCUCCAUACUGUCAGCUCUUUCUUACCUGCUCUCUCUUACACUUCUUACUCUCACACACUUUCAGAAGCUGAAGAAUAUCAACAGUCAGAAAAUGGAACAGGACUUGAAUAUCACCAGCCAGAAAAUAUAGAAGGAACAGAAUGUAAUGGCACAUUUUCACACCAAGAACAAUUAACUCGAAGUAGUAGCACCUCGGAUAUUAGAGACCAAAGUAAUUCUGAUGUUUUCCAAGUUAGAAAAACAGAAAGCUCACAGAACUUAACUUUGGAUGCUGAAUGUGUUCAAGGAACUGAGAGGUCCAUGAACAAGGAAAGUACAGCCCAAGAAGCAAGCAACCCUCCAUCUCAAUUAGAUCUCAAAGCAGACAUGCAACAAUCAUAUGGAAGUCCCAGAGAAGGAGAACAGAGUGAAAGUGUUAGCAGUGAUACCUCCAUUGGAUACAAUAAUGAAGUAGAUAUCACAUUAGCUCCCUGGCAAGCAUGUGAAGAAAACCCUGAUGUCAAUAUCCCAGCUGAUAUUUGUGUUGAUCCUGAUGCGUGCCAGUGGUUGCAUCUGAGUCCUUCAGGUGUCACAAAUUUAACAGACAGCAGUGAGUUUCUUGCUGAUGAUUGCAGUAUAAUUGCUGGUGGGAAUCUCAUAGGCUGGCAUCCUGAUUCUGCUGCUGUGUUAUGGCGAAGAAUAUUGGGAAUUCUUGGAGAUGUGAACAGCAUCCAGUGUCCUAAAAUACACGCCAGAGUUUUUGAGUAUCUCUUUGCGCUAUGGUACAAAUUAGCAAAGAUAAGGGACAAUCUUGCUAUCAGUCUGGAUAACCAAUCCACUCCCUCUCCUCCUACUUUAAUUCCUCCACUCAGAAUAUUUGCAUCGUGGUUGUUCAAGGCUACCACCUUAUCAGAUGACUAUAAGGAAGGGAAGCUUCAAGCCUACAAACUGAUAUGUGCUAUGAUGGCUAGGCGCCAAGAUUUUGUGCCAAAUCCUGACUACCUGAUGCACUUUUAUCUUGUCAUGCAUAUUGGAUUAACUAGUAAAGAUCAGGAUGUUUUAAAUACUGUGAUCAGACACUGCCCCCCCUGCUUUUUCUUCUUGGGUUUACCUGGCUUCACUUUGCUAAUAGGAGACUUCAUAACAGCUGCAUCCAGAGUCCUGAGUACAAACAUGUUGGAGGCCCCACGCUUAGAAGCACAUACCAUUCUUGGUUCUCUGGUUUGCUUUCCUAACCUCUAUCAAGAAAUUCCAUUAUUGCAACCCAUUGCUGAAGCAGAAAUCAUCACAGGAACUACAGGUGUCAAAUUCUACCUCAUAAAUAUUCUUUUGAAGAAUGCUGCAAAUGAACCAAGUGAAGCUUCAAGGUGUUUAGCUCUUUGCUGCCUUGGGCUUUGGAUAUGUGAGGAACUUGUGCAAUGUACAAACCAUCCCCAAGUAAAGGAUGCAAUAAAUGUUUUAGGUGUGACACUAAAGUUUUGCAACAAACAGGUAGCACAGGAAGCCUGUGAUGUCUUUCAGUUACUGACCUCCUAUUGGGAAAAACUUGUGAAAUACAAAUCUUCGCUACCCAGAAAAAUUAUUGAAAUCCUUGUGGCCACAAUUGCAUUUCUGUUGCCUAGUGCAGAAUACUCCUCCGUGGAAGGUGAUAAAAAGUUUAUAGUUUCGUUAUUACUUUGUUUGUUGGACUGGUGUAUGACAUUACCCAUGAAAAUGCUGCUGGAGCCUGUGUUUACUUCAAGUCUUGAAGAUCAACAUUCUUCUAAAGCUCCAUUGCUUGAUUACAUAUAUAGGGUCCUGCAUAGUUGUGUUCAUGGCUCAAACACAUAUACACAGCAAAGCCAUUACCUUUUAAGCCUUGCAGACCUCUCUAGUGAUAUCUAUGAUCCAUUUUUGCCACUUGGAAAUGUUAGGAAUUCUGAACCCAUGCAGUUUCAGUCUUCUGCGGAUCUGAGCAACUUACUCACUGUUGCUGAAGAGAGGAGGAGGAGGAGUUUGGAAUUAAUACCUUUGACUGCACGAAUGAUAAUGGCACAUCUAGUAAACAAUUUGGGCCAUUAUCCCCUGAAUGGAGGACCUGCUGUUCUUCACAGCCUUAUUAGUGAGAAUCACAACAACUCAUACGUGGACUCUUCAGAACUGUCUUCUGAAGUUUUCAGAAGCCCAAAUUUACAACUGUUUGUAUUUAAUGACAGUACUCUUAUAUCUUAUCUUCAAAUUCCUUCUGAAAAGGAGAUAGACAAUGAACCAGAAGCAGCAUUCUCAGAAGUAAGAGUAAUUGUUAGAGAUAUCUCAGGGAAGUAUUCAUGGGAUGGAAGGCUGAUGCAUGGACCAUUAGCUGGUAGUCUACCAAAUCAAAAUAAAAGAAUAUCCACUGCAGUUUUGGACAAUUAUAAGCAGAACUUUGAGCCUCCAAUGGACUUCAUUCAAAUAUAUGAAGGAGAAGAUGCUCUUGAUAAAUUGCUAGAGAGGAUUGGCAAUAGUAGUCCUGAGUGCCUUUUACACCCGCAACUAAAAUUGAAUGAGCCAUCGCCAUCGCCAUAUGUCAUGAACCAUGACCAAGAGAAAAAUAUACUAGAAGCGAUAAUGCAGCAGAGUUGCAUAGAAAAUGAGUAUGCACAUGGAUGCAGUUUCAAUCUCAGUAUGAAAGUUGAAAGUCAAAAGGCACCAAGACCUGCACAGCUCCAAGCACCAUUUCACUUAUGUAGGCUCUUGCUAAAUGACUUGGGAAUGAAUUCUUGGGACAAAAGAAAAAGCUUUCAUCUACUGAAGAAAAAUUCUAAAUUGUUGAGAGAGCUGAAAAACUUGGACUCGAGGCAAUGCCGGGAAACUCACAAGAUUGCAGUAUUUUACAUUGCUGAAGGACAGGAAGAUAAAUGUUCAAUAUUGUCCAAUUCAAAAGGGAGCCAAGCAUAUGAAGAGUUUGUUGCUGGUCUUGGCUGGGAGGUUGAUCUUUCAACUCACUGUGGAUUUAUGGGGGGCCUUCAGCGUAAUGGCAGCACAGGCCAAACGGCACCCUAUUAUGCUACAUCUACUGCAGAAGUUAUUUUCCAUGUUUCUACACGAAUGCCCUCUGAUUCAGAUGACUCACUGACCAAAAAGCUUCGUCACUUGGGAAAUGAUGAGGUUCAUAUUGUGUGGUCUGAGCACACCAGAAAUUAUCGCAGGGGUAUUAUACCAACAGAUUUUGGAGAUGCUUUAAUUAUUAUUUAUCCAAUGAAGAAUCACAUGUUUUUCAUAGAGAUCACAAAGAAACCAGAGGUGCCAUUUUUUGGUCCUUUGUUUGAUGGGGCAAUUGUGACUGCAAAACUGCUACCAAAUCUUAUCCGGGCCUCGUGCAUCAAUGCCAGCAGAGCUGUGAAGUCCCUUAAAACUCUGUAUCAGAGCUUGUAUCCUUUUCUUUGUUUCUAGUUCAGGACUGGGAAUUACAUCUGUUCACUUUGAGGUAAGUUUUCUACAAGAAUAUUUGGUUUUGUGAAAGACUCUGCUGAAACCAUUAAGUCUUUAUCAUCAAUAGCUACUUGCCAUGGUGAGCAUCCUCUGAAUAUCACUUGCAGGGAAUCUGCAUAGCACUCUGAAUAUUACUUGGGGAGAGGGCUGUCGCUUCCCCAUAGCAUCUGGUCGACUAUUGUGAAUACAGGAGGCUAGAAGAGGUGAGCCUUUGACACGAUACAACAGGAUUUUUCUUACGUUUAGCAAAAGCAACAUUUUUAGAAUUAUUCAUGUUUGAUUUUUGAACUAAUCUGAUGAAUAAAGAAUGUAAAGAUGCAUUUCACUUUGCAACAUUUCCAGUAUCAGCCCCUUUGGAGAGCAGAGCCUCCUUCCGGAAACUUGGCAGGGCAGUAGCAAGGGCAGGCUAUGGGGGUGCAAUGCAGGGCACCGCCAACCUCACUGCCACCCCAACCCUUUCCAGUCAGGAGAGCAGCUUCUGCAUCUUUCCUUCUAUAUUGGGAAUGCAGCCUGGAUAUUGGCAUUUGUAUAUUAGAGAGAGAGAACUUUCAGAAUUCUCAGAAUAUCAAUGCAGAUUUCAUUUUAUGGUAGAGACUAUUUUGCUAAAAGUGACCAGAAUAAUUUCAAUCGCUGUGGUUGGUAGAAUUGUAACUGAGCCAAUUUAAGCCUUUGAUCUUCCAAGCCCACAAAAGAUACCGUAUAAUCACUACAUUGGC